AUGAGCCCCAUCAGCGGGCACCACCGCAAGCGGGACGAUGUCCACCCCCUCGAGGGCGCCUUCGGCUCCUUCGCCCGGGUCGCGGUCCUCGCGAUCGCCGCCUACUUCGCGUACGACAUCCGCCUCUUCGCGGUGCGCGAGUACGGCCGGAUCAUCCACGAGUUCGAUCCGUGGUUCAACUUCCGUGCCACGCAGUACCUGGCGGACAACGGGUGGAAGAAGUUCAGCACCUGGUUCGACUACAUGAGCUGGUACCCGCUCGGCCGGCCGGUGGGCACCACCAUCUACCCCGGGAUGCAGGUCACCGCCGUGUCCAUCUACAACACGCUCAAGGCGCUCGGAUCGAACUACGCCAUGUCGCUGAACGACGUCUGCGUCUUCUUCCCCGCGUGGUUCGGCGCGGUGGCCACCAUGCUCGUCGCCUUCCUCACCGCGGAGUGCAGCGGAAGCGCCAACUCCGCGGUCAUCGCGGCGCUCGUCAUGUCCGUCGUCCCCGCGCACACGAUGCGUUCCGUCGCGGGCGGGUACGACAACGAGUCCCUGGCGGUGACCGCGAUGUGCCUCACGUUCUUCGUGUGGUGCCGGUCGCUGCGCAACGAACGCAGCUGGUGGAUCGGAUCCCUCGCGGGGCUCGCGUACGUGUACAUGGUCGCCGCGUGGGGAGGGUACACCUUCGUCCUCAACAUGGUGGGACUCCACGCCGCGACGCUCGUGCUGCUCGGCCAGUACUCCACGUCGCUUCACCGCGCGUACUCGCUCUUCUGGAUCAUCGGCACCCUCGGCGCGAUCCAGUUCCCCGUCGUCGGACUGGCGCCCGUCAAGUCGCUCGAGCAACUCGGCCCGGCGUUCGUCUUCCUCGGCAUGCAGGUUCUGGCGUUCGGCGAGAGGCUGGUCAAGUCCAGGGGCGCGGGCGGCGCCGAGGCUUGGAGAAUUCGCGUCAACGUCUACGCCGGCGCCGCCGUCGCCGCGUGCGUCGCGAUCGCCGCGCUCGCGCCCACCGGCUACUUCGGCCCGCUCUCCGUCCGCGUCAAGGGCCUGUUCAAGAUGCACACGCGCACGGGUAACCCGCUGGUGGACUCCGUCGCUGAGCACCAGCCGGGGACGCCGGAUGCGUACUGGCGGUACCUCCACUACUCGUAUUACGUCGCGCCGCUCGGCUUCGUCGUAUCCUCGGCGCACUACGUGAAGACCCGGGACGCGUCCGCGCUGUUCCUGCCGCUCUACGCCGUCACGGCGUACUACUUCGCCAACCGCAUGGUCCGUUUGAUCAUCUUCCUCGGUCCCAUCGCCAGUUCUCUCACGGGCGUCGGCGCGGGUUACCUCCUCGACGAUUUAAUCGAUAACGCCAGGUGGGCGCAGAGGUACCUCGUCGUCCGGGACGGGGCGGAAGGGUCCGACGACUCCGAGGACGACUCCAAUGACGCAAAGGCCGCCGCCACGAACGGCAAGGAGAAGCCCGCGCCCUUCUCGCCCAAUCUCGCCAAGAAGGCGGGCAAGAAGGCUGCGAAAUCCAAGAGUGGCUCACAGGGCUCCGUCGCCGACGACUUCAAGGCGAAGAUGAUCGAGCCCCUGGUCAAGACGUACAACUCCAAGAAUGGGCGCGCCACGCGGUCCUUGGUGUGCGUCGUCCUACUCCUGUGGGGCUGCAGCCACGCCCGCCCGUUCUGGGAUUACUCCCACAUGAUGGCCCGCGGUAUGUCGCAGCCGUCCGUCAUGUUCAAGGGAACCCUGCAGGAUGGCAGAACGGUCAUGGUGAAGGACUACGUCGAGGCGUACCACUGGCUCCGCGACAACACCCCGGAGGAUUCCCGCGUCAUGGCGUGGUGGGACUACGGCUAUCAGAUCGCGGGCAUGGCCAACCGCACUUCCAUCGCCGACGGUAACACGUGGAAUCACGAGCACAUCGCCAACCUCGCCAGGGCUCUCACCGCUCCCGAGGAGAAGGCUCACAGGGUCAUUCGACACCUCGCGGACUACGUCCUGGUGUGGGCGGGCGGCGGCGCGGACGACCUCGCCAAAUCCCCGCACUUAUUCCGCAUCGGUAAGUCCAUCGGCCACGACACCGGCACGGUCGACAUGUACGAGAUUCAGUCCAAGUUUGGCGUGGACCAGUACGGGCGCCCGACGCCGAUGAUGGCCAACUCGCUGCUGUACAAGCUGGUCUCCUUCCAGGGCAAGGUUUCCGAGGAGCGAUUCAGGGAGGUUUACACGUCCAAGUUCCGCAAAGUUCGCAUCUACGAGGUCGUCAACGUGUCGCAAAAGUCCAGGCAGUGGCUCGCGGACCCGGAGAACCGCAUGUGCGACGCCCCCGGGUCUUGGUACUGCCCGGGCCAGUACCCCCCCGCGCUGGCCAAGUUCACGGGUAUCAUCAAGCCGGCGUACCGGAUGCCGGCGUUCGCAAAGCAGCAGAUCGAGGAGCGCGCCAGGCGCGAGGCGGAGAAGAAGGAGGCGGCGGCGCAGAAGGCGGCGGAGAAGAAGGCUGCGGAGGAGUUGAGGAAGGCGACCGACGGACAGGCGGCUCACGAGGACCUCUAAGUUUCCCAAGUGUUAGACCCGAUUUCUUCAAAAAAGUGUUUUGCUUC